CCGCAAACUCUAGUUUUCUUUAAAAUGCUCCUAACUAAUCUAAAGUUGUGUCAAUUUCUCUCUACCACUAACCUCAAGCUUCCUCUAGCCUUUUGUUAGCCAAAUUUUUCAAUCAACUAAGCAUUUUUAAAGAAUUAGGUUUGAAGGAUGGAAAAUUCAAUCUCAUGAUUUAAACUAUGAAUUUUAUCUAUUUUACAUUUGAGCCUUAAUAAUCGACCAUUGCAUUACUCUUCAAUCAAAAUUAAUUUGAUGUUUUUGCCCAAUGAUUUGAAUCAUUCUGGGUUGCCUGUGAUGUCUUUCACAAAAGAUCUUUGAUUUAUAACCUUGGUCUCGAUUUUAAACCCGUUGGUUUUGUUAGUGAUCUAAUCCCUUAUCCCGGCUGAAUGAAGGCCAAGUGGUUUCUUAUUCCCCAUUGAACGAACUCUUUAUUAGAGUCAUCAAUUCCCUAAUCGCUUCGUACCGUGCUUGUGCAUCAUCGGAUCUUCACUUUAUUUGCUUGCUCUAAGCACAACUUAAUAUCAUUCAACACGUGGAGACAUAAUGGGCUCCCAAAUAGGGUCGUGUAUAAAGGUCGGUGGGCUCAGGGUUCCCAAAUAGGAUCGUGUAUAAAGGUCGGUGGGCUCACAAAUAAUAUUUGGGAGCCCACCACCCUUUAUAUACGACCCAUCUCCCCAUUCUCUCUCCCCACUCAUUAGUCAUUUCCCAUCACUCUAUUCACUCAACCAAAAACCUCAAAAUCACCAAAUUUAAGAAGCUAUGGUUUCUACUCAAUUCUACUCCUCCCCCACCAUGAAAACAAUGACCAUUAUACCCCUGAUCGUCCUCCUCCUCCUAACUCUCUCGACCGACAUCGUCGUUGCAUCGUACUCAUUAUCAAUCCACGAUCUUCUCAAGAGCCGAGGCCUCCCCGGAGGGCUCUUUCCAAUGAAUGUAAAGUCCUACACACUUAGCCAAAAUGACUUGUUAGAGGUAUUCUUUGACGAGCCAUGUGAGGCUAAGUUUGAGACGUUGGUUCGAUUCGAUACCGUCGUAAGGGCUAACCUUUCAUUUGGUGUUCUAAAUGGUGUUGAAGGACUUAGCCAAGAAGAGCUAUUUUUAUGGCUACCGGUUAAGGGCAUAAUUGUCCAAGAUCCUUCUUCGGGUGUCAUUUUGUUUGAUAUUGGCGUUGCGCAAAAACAGCUUGCUUUCUCUAUCUUUGAAGAUCCUCAAGUUUGCAAUCCUGAUAGUUCUUACAUACAAAUGCCACUUGGAAGGAAGGGGAGUGAUCAUAACCAUCAAUAUCAGAAAUAACAAAUAGCUAAUUUUCUCCAUAAUAAUAAUAAAGAAUACAAAUUUUGAUGAGGUUCUAAAGUGAAGAAAUUAGAGCCUUAUAGGAAAAAAGUGGGGGUAUUCAUUGAUUUAUAUAUUGAUAGGACAAAGGGUUGGAAAGAAUCGAAUGUUGGUGUUUUUUGUCGCAAAAAUGUUUGUUCUAUCAAGUAAAGAAAUCAUAGAAAAUUUUAAAAAAGAAAAGUUUGUUUAAGGUUUUAUGCUUGCUUAAUCUUCUUUUUUGCUUAGAUUAAUAACUUUUAAAGGUUAAAGCAUUUGAGUAUA